AUGGAUAACGAGCAGCUGCAAGCCCCUCCUCCUUCCAGCGGCGCUGGCGCCAUGACGACGACCACCACCACCACCAGCAAUGGGCGCCAGACCGGGCCUCAGAUCUCCGUGUACAGCGGGAUCCCUGAUCGCCAGACCGUUCAGGUCAUCCAGCAGGCCUUGCACCGGCAGCCCAACACAGCAGCCCAGUACCUCCAGCAAAUGUAUGCCGCCCAGCAGCAGCACCUGAUGCUCCAGACGGCCGCCCUGCAGCAUCAGCACCUCAGCAGCACCCAGCUCCAGAGCUUGGCUGCGGUCCAGCAGGCCAGCCUGGCAGCCAACAGGCAGAACGGCUCCUCUAGCAGCAAUGGCUCCGCACAGACGCCGCCUCAGCAGCCCACGAUAAACCUGGCCACGUCCCCGGCUGCGGCCCAGCUCAUCAACCGGGCUCAGAGCGUGAACUCUGCCGCCGCAGCCUCUGGCAUCGCCCAGCAAGCUGUCCUGUUGGGCAACGCAAGCAACCCCGCCCUGACUGCCAGCCAGGCCCAGAUGUACCUGCGCGCACAGAUGGCUCAGCAGAGCAACCUUGUGCAAGUAGCUAGGAGCCUAGGCCGUGCUGUUCCUUUGUCCCCCCAGCUCAUCUUCACGCCCACAGCCACGGUCGCUGCGGUGCAGCCGGAGGGCGCCACCCCCACCACUCAGCCAUCCACCACCACUGCUCAGGUACAGAACUCAGCUCUGCGCACCCAGCAGACAGUGACUCAGGGGCUGACUUCCUCACCCGGCCAGCAGCUCCCUACUUUGGCCAUGAAGCCUGCCCCAAACAACAACGGCAACCCCUCUGCUUCUUCGACCUCUCAGGGCAAGGCUGCAGGGCUGGCCCCUGGCACCAAGGGGGGCUUGCCCGAGCAUUCACAGGAACAGCUUCGAAAGGGAGAAGGGGGCGGCGGAGGGGGCGGCACCGGGGCAGCUGGCAGUUCAGAUGGACGGGGGAACACUGCCACCCGGACGGUGACGCCUGUCACGACUCACCCGCUCAUCGCCCCGGCCUACUCUCCACUGCAGGCCCACCAGCUCGUACAGCAGAAGCCGAUGCAGCACCAGUUUGUGAUCCAGCAGCAACAGCAGCAGCUCCAGCCCCGGCCUCAGCUGCACCCACCACAGCUCCUGGCCCCCCAGCCCGUACAGCAAAAGCCAAUGCAGCACCAGUUUGUGAUCCAGCAGCAACAGCAGCAGCUCCAGCCCCGGCCUCAGCUGCACCCACCACAGCUCCAGGCUCUGCCGGCUCCGGGCCUCGUCUCGCCUCCCGGCCUGCAGGCCCAAGCCCACUCGCAGAGCCAGCCUCCGCCCGCUCACCAGCCGCAGUGCCAAGCCCCCGGACAGCACAAGCCUGGCACCCACCAGGCAUCCCAACACUCAGCGCAUCCUUCCGGGCCCCCGGCAGCGGGGCAGCAGAGGACAGACGGCAGCCCCCCCAGCCGCCCCGCCGGCUGCCUGAAUCACACGGCGCAGUGCAAAUUCCCGCACGCCACGCAUUCUGCAGCUACAGCCCUCUGCGGGAACGCUCUGACCACAUGCACACCUCACCACGUGCGCCUACUCGCAUCCGCCCCCAAGCAGCCUAUCUUCCCUCCCUCGCACCAGUUGCUCACGGGCCAGCCCCAGGAGAAUACCAGGAAAGAAGCCGUCACUGGUGAGAAGUCCUCAGUAGAGCCCCAGGCAGGGCAGCCACCUCACCUGCUCCAGACCACCUCGACGCUGCUGUCGGCUCCUCCCGAAACGCAGGCCUCUGAGUGCACUGGGACCCCGUCCAAUGAGGCGCAUCGGGAGGCGGAGGCCGCCGGCUCAGCCAAUGGGAGCGAGGCGGUGGAGGAGGCUGGCCCGGGAGCAGCGCCUUCCCCCUUGUUUCCCUUCCUCCUUUCCCGGAGCUCGGCGGGCGGCAUUGUUUGCGCUUCCCUUCCGCAGCCAGCGCCCGAUCCAUGGCGGGCGAGCCUAGGCCGAAGAGGAGCGGAGGCGGGAGGCGGCCGGCGAGCGGGGAAGCCAUGCGCGCCUAGGGCGCACGAGGGGGAGCGCCUUUGGCACCGGCGGCCCGCGCUUCCUUUCGGGGUCGAACAGGUGCUUGGCGGCGCGCGGGGAGGGCGGAGCGUGCCUCUUCGCCGCCCCGACCCGACCGCUUUGUUUCGGCCCCUCCAGAUGCUGCGUGGCGGGAGCCCGGAGGCCUGCCUGCGGCCCCGGCUGCCUUCGCGCCCGUAG